CCUCCCUCGUUCAUAUUUUCAUUUUCCAUCCCUGAGACCAAACAAAACAUGAAAAGAGAAAAAACAAAAAAAAAACAAAAGCCGGUAUGAGUGGAUGGUAGGCGGCCAAGGAAUCCCACCAAGAAACAGAGAUUCCUCCGCCAGUUUCAAUUGACCCUUUGACGGUUCAAACCACCAGAAUCCAAUCUACAGUACGUGGGUCCUAACUCUUCUCUUCUAAGUACAUUAUUCACCAACACCCACUACCACCACCCCCACCGUCAUCAUCACCACUGCCAAACACCUAACAUCCAAAGAACCCCUUAUAAGGCCCUCGUUACUCUCUGUCUCUUGCUCGCUUGUUUACCCCACCGCACAUGUUCUAAGAUUCAAGUAAAGGGAAGAUGAAAUUUGCUGUUUGCUCUUCUUCUUCUUCUUCUUCUUCUUCUUGUUUGGAUCUUAGAAGUCUUUGUUUCAAUGGUCUUAAGUGCAAUACUGCCAAUUUUCAAUAUACAAAACCAUUUAUGGGAAUUGGGUUCUUUACCAAGAAUGAGAAUGUUCAAGAAUCUUAUUGUAAUUGUAAAAGAAUGGUGGUUUCUAGCCAUUUAAUACCUGGCCAUCUUGAAGGGUCUUUCAUGGGAAGGAAAAAGCUGGAGGAGUCUAGUCCCAAGCUGGAAGUUGUGAGGACACUAUUGAUUGAUAAUUAUGACAGUUACACAUACAACAUUUACCAGGAGCUUUCUGUUGUUAACGGGGUGCCUCCUGUGGUGGUGAGGAAUGAUGAGUGGACAUGGGAGGAAGUUUGGCACUACUUGUACGAGGAACAAGCAUUUGAUAAUGUUGUAAUAUCACCUGGGCCUGGUUCUCCAACAUGUGCAGCUGAUAUAGGAAUAUGUCUUCGGUUGCUGCUUGAGUGCAGGGACAUUCCUAUUUUGGGUGUUUGUCUUGGACACCAGGCUUUGGGUUAUGUACAUGGUGCUCAAAUUGUCCAUGCAUCUGAACCGGUCCAUGGGCGUAUGAGUGAAAUUGAGCAUGAUGGGUGCAGACUCUUCCAAAAUAUUCCUUCUGGCAGAAAAUCUGGAUUCAAGGUGGUUCGAUAUCAUUCUCUUGUUAUAGAUGCAGAAUCACUCCCAAAGGAACUUGUACCAAUUGCAUGGGCUACAACUACUGGCACACAUUCUUUCCUUGAGUCUCAGAAGUCUGAUCUUAUGCCUGGAGCCUCUGAGAGUCAGAUUAGACCAAGCAUUUCUUUUGAUAUUUUUUCACCAGAAUUAAAUAAUGGAACUUCUUGGUCAUUUAACCACUCUAAAGAAGUGCAAAGCAAAAGAAUUCUCAUGGGCAUUAUGCAUUCCACCAGGCCUCACUAUGGUUUACAGUUUCAUCCAGAGAGUAUUGCAACCUGUCAUGGGAGGCAAAUAUUUGAAAACUUCAGAGACAUGACACGAGAUUAUUGGGAGAGAUUCAGGUCAACAUUUGUUAGCGAGAGAGAUGUCCUCUAUACUGCAUGCACGCAGGUGCCUCAUGCUAGUCAGCUGUAUGGAGUUCCUAGAACUGUGUCAGUAGAAUGCAUUGAAGAUUCUCGACCCUUUAGGGAAACUUCAAGAAGAAAGCAAUUAAUUGGCAAUCCAGAUGAGAAGACUCGUUUUAGCAUCCCCAGUAUAUUGAGUUUUCCAAAAUCAAACAUUAAUGUAAAGCAUUUGAUGUUGAAAUGGAGGAAGUUUGAUCAGUUGCUGGCACAAGUCGGUGGAGCAAGAAGUAUAUUUUGCGAAUUAUUUGGGGCUAACAAAGCUAAUAAUACCUUCUGGUUGGACAGUUCCUCGGUAGAAAAGAGAAGGGCACGCUUUUCUUUUAUGGGGGGUAAAGGUGGAUCACUUUGGAAGCAAAUGACAUUUAGAUUGUCAGAUCAAAGUGAUACGACUUUUAAAAGUGGCGGUUAUUUGUCAAUUGAAGAUGCUCGAGGCUCUACUAAUAGCAUUUAUUUGGAAAAUGGUUUUCUUGAUUUUUUGAACCAGGAACUCCUAUCAUUCCGUUAUGAUGAAAAAGAUUUUGAAGGACUGCCAUUUGACUUUUAUGGUGGAUAUAUUGGUUAUAUAGGAUAUGGUCUUAAAGUUGAAUGCGGCAUGUUAUCUAACCGUUUCAGAUCUAAAACGCCGGAUGCUUGCUUUUUCUUUGCUGAUAAUUUUGUAGUCAUUGAUCAUCGUUAUGAUGAUGUUUAUAUUAUGUCCAUACAAGAAGAAAGUGGAACCAAUUCAUCAUGGUUGGAUGAUGUUGAACAGAAGCUUCUUCAUUUAGAAGCUUCUGCUACAAGGAAGUUAGAGCAGCAGACAUCACAACCCACAACAUCUUUCCCAUGCAAGGCAGGCUUUCAUGCUAUGAAGUCUAGAGAGCAGUACAUGGAAGAUGUGAACAAGUGUCUGAAAUACAUUAGAGAUGGAGAAAGCUACGAAUUGUGUCUCACUACUCAGAUAAGAAAAAGAGUUCAAGAUAUAGAUUCUCUGGGACUCUACCUUCACCUUAGAGAAAAAAACCCAGCACCAUAUGCUGCGUGGCUUAAUUUUUCAAAUGAAAAUUUAUGCAUUUGCUGUUCUUCACCUGAAAGGUUCUUGCGUUUGGACAGAAAUGGUAUUCUGGAAGCGAAGCCCAUUAAGGGCACUAUAGCUCGUGGUGCAACAGAGGAAGAAGAUGAACAGCUUAGAUGGCAAUUGCAAUACAGUGAAAAGGAUCAAGCUGAAAAUCUGAUGAUUGUUGAUCUUUUGAGGAAUGAUCUUGGUCGAGUCUGUGAACCUGGCUCGGUUCAUGUGCCACAUCUUAUGGAUGUGGAAUCAUAUGCAACUGUGCAUACAAUGGUCAGUACGAUUCGAGGAAAGAAGAAGUCCAACAUAAAUGCAGUUGACUGUGUUAGAGCUGCAUUUCCAGGUGGUUCAAUGACAGGUGCUCCGAAAUUGAGAUCUAUGGAACUUCUUGAUUCACUUGAAAGUUGUUCCCGGGGUAUUUACUCAGGUUCUAUUGGAUUUUUCUCAUAUAAUCAAACAUUUGAUCUGAAUAUUGUGAUAAGAACUAUUGUAAUACAUGAUGGUGAAGCUUCAAUAGGAGCGGGAGGGGCCAUUGUUGCUCUAUCAAAUCCCGAGGAUGAGUAUAAUGAAAUGUUACUGAAAACGCGAGCACCAGCCAAGGCAGUGGUUGAAUUUCAAUAGAAUCAGAGUAAACAUUGUAGAAUAUUAGGAGUCUGUUGUACUUUUAUCCUUUUUACAUCAUACAAGCAGACUUAGAUCUGGGGAGACCUGAGGAAAUCCAGAAAUCUCUUGUUUUCCCUUUUUUUGUCAAUAAAGAUAUGUUUCCCCUUUUAUUGAGUUCA